AUGGCACAACCCACUAUUGUGAUUUUAUUUGCAGGCACACACGUGGGGUUGAUGGACAACGAAUUUGAGGAUAAACAAGAAGAAACAGUUUCAGAUAUGAUGGCAAGCAAUCAGCAGAGGAAAAAGCAGUCGUUUCUGUGGAAAGUUUUGGCGAUGAGGGAGAGAAAUGCAAGGACAAUGGAGAGAGGUUCAAAUUAUUCGCUUGAUACACUUUCGGAUCCAUCCAGUGAAAAUCUAGGUUCGGAACCUUCUAUGGCUUCUACUGAAGCAGGUCAAAAUCUCAGAGUUUUUGCAGCAACAUGGAACGUAGGAGGGCAAUGCCCCACUGUGAACCUUGAUCUGGGUGAUUUUCUUCAGGUUCGAAAUGAACCAGAUAUGUAUGUUUUGGGCUUUCAGGAGAUUGUCCCUUUAAAUGCUGGAAAUGUGCUGGUAUUAGAGGAUAAUGAGCCUGCUGCAAAAUGGCUUGCUUUAAUCAACCAAUCACUCAAUGGUCCUUCAGAUUUGACAUCUAACGGACUAAAAUCAACUGCAUCUUUUGGCGGACCAUUGUUCUUCCAAAAGCCUUCUUUGAAGAAGAUUAAGAAAACUUUCAAGAAAAUAAAUGGAAAGAGGCUAAAAAGUUGUAACUGUGUUUUUGAAAUGGAAAGGAAGGCUGCUAAGGAUUUUUGUUUCCGCUGUCAAGAAUCAAACUUCAAUUCUGAUGAUUCUUCAACUGAAGAGGAGGAUGAGAAUUUCCCAAUUCCUGUUGCCUUGGCUACUAAUCAGAUGAAAUAUAGUCUUGUUACAUGUAAGCAAAUGGUUGGAAUUUUUGUGAGUGUCUGGAUGAAGAGGGAACUUGUUCAGUACAUAGGCCAUUUAAGAAUAUGUUGCACUAGUCGCGGGAUCAUGGGUUGCCUUGGGAACAAGGGGUGUAUAUCAGUGAGCAUGUCUUUUUAUCAGACAAGUUUUUGCUUUAUCUGUAGCCAUUUGGCAUCUGGAGAGAAAGAGGGUGACGAGCUUCGCAGGAAUCUUGAUGUCAUAGAGAUUUUGAAGAAUACUCAGUUUCCAAGGAUUUGCAAGACACCCCAUAGUAGGAUGCCUGACAGAAUCUUAGAUCACGACCGAAUCAUAUGGUUUGGGGACUUGAAUUACAGAAUUUCUUUGAGCCAUGAUGAUGCAAAAAGGCUUGUGGAAAAGAAGGACUGGCCUGCUCUUUUUAACAAGGAUCAGCUUAAAAUGGAAAGGGAAGCAGGUCGUGUGUUCAAGGGGUGGAAAGAGGGAAAAAUCUACUUUGCACCUACUUACAAAUAUGCGUUCAACUCAGACACUUACUAUGUUGAAGGUGUAAAAGUUUCAAAGAACAAAAGGAGAACUCCAGCUUGGUGCGACAGAAUCUUGUGGCAUGGAAGGGGAAUACAUCAACUUUCAUACGUCCGCAAGGAAUUUAAAUUCUCGGAUCAUCGACCUGUUUGUGCGACAUUUAAUGUAGAAGUUGAGGUCAUGUUCAGGGGACAGAAGAAGAAAGUUUCAACUUACAACUUUCAGAACAUUGAUGAUCUUGUAUCCACAAGAAGUCCAUAUUAUUCUUGA